GACCUGGCGCUGGGACUGCAGAAGGCUUCAGCAGUCUUUGAAGCCCGAUUGCGACAGAUGGAAGCGGCCAAGGAUCAGGAGCUGGCAACGCUGCGGGAGAGGGCCAGUGCUGCACUCCGCAAGGUCGAAGAGCAGCGCGCUCUUGAAGUUCAGGGCCUGGCCCGGCAGCUGGAGGAGGAGCGAGCAGCCCGGGAUGCAGCUCAGUACCACAUCGAGAGCUUGCA